AAAUCUAUCAUUUGUCGCUAUACCGUUGGCAACCUAUUACAGAUGGUUGUCACAUACUGGCCCCUUGUGGCCGGGGCCCUUUUGGGCUUUGCGACCCGAGGCCUGGGGAACAGGGUGAUAUGUAACCCAAACCCUUCGAGUUCGAUGAGCUUCUAUGACUUUAAUGCCACGAAUAUUUACGGAAACGAGACGAUACAGUUUUCGAUGUACCAAGGUAGUGUGCUGGCCAUUAUAAAUUUGGCCACCUACUGAGGUGGAACCACGCCCCACUACAUGGGGAUGAACGCAUUGUGGACGGAAUUCUCGAGCUCGGGCUUCCAGGUGCUCGGAUUCCCAUCCAACGUUUUUAAUCUGCAAGAGCCGUCGAAAACUGCCGACGAGCUCCUUAACGGCAUCAAGUACGUGCGGCCGGGCGGUGGCUACGUGCCGAUGUUCCAGAUGUUCCAGAAGAUUGACGUCAACGGCGCGAACGAGCACGCGCUCUACACCUACCUCAAGUCUGUGUGCGGUCCUACCGCGGACCAAUUUGAGGAUGACCUCUUCUACGACCCGAAGAGGGUGAGCGACGUGCGCUGGAACUUCGAGAUCUUCCUUGUGGACCAGAAGGGGAAGAUCCUCUACCGUUACAGUCCCGACCACGACCUGUCACUCGUCCGUGACGACAUCCGGAAACUGUUCACCGCAAAGCCAAAAGAGAGCAAUACGAAGAAGAAGGAAAAUACGAAGAGGAAGAAAAACCCAACAUCACCUACCUACUAGAUAUAAUCAAUUUCGAAAACUUAACACCCUCCUUGACAUUAAUACCAUCGCAAAAACACCGAAAUUCUUGAAUGCCAUCAAUAGUUUUUUUAUAAUAUGAUUUUCAAUUAGCUGAACAUUUGACAAGAUGUUGACUUUCGUAAUACAAUAUAUUUUUCCAUAUCGAUUUUGGUGAGAGAUUUCAAAUAAGAUAUGCCAAUAGGCGUCCAUUGAAUACAUAAUUAGAAUUUUAUUUCAUUAAGACGUGCAUUGAGAACUAAACACACGCAUUGCUAAAUUACGUUGUUUCUGUUGUUGUCGUUAUUUUUGUGUACCUUGUCGUUCUUGUUUGUUUAUUUGUGUUAAAAUGUUGAGAACAACUGUGUUAUAAACCGUGAAUAUAUUUUGCGACCGUCCGCCAUUUUCUCACACCUGUAUAUGAAGGAGUCACCCUAAAUAAUCGGGGUAAUUCCGGAAGUCGGGCGAUCGGGAGGCGACUCAUGCGUUCGUUGCCUUUUGUGACCUCGAACAGGCAGCGCGAAAAUGGCUGUGACGCAAUAUAUAUUCACUAUCAAAAAGGUUAAUAAAACUUUAAAAAAGUCCAA